CGUUGCUCCGAUUCAAAGCAGGAGUUGCUGUGCGCCACGGGUGGAAACAUAAUUGUGGAUUUUGGUUUAUGACUUUUGAGCACUUCCCUUCGCGCGCAACCCGGUGAUAAUCCCAUACAUGUUGGAGUAAUCGGCGAGUUUCAGUCACAGUCACCCGGUGGUGACGGUAGCGCACAGGCAGGCAGGCGGGCAGCCACCUCGGCGCGCACGGAGGACAAGCGGCCACCAUGCUCUUCCCCUGGGAGAGCUCCUGCAACACCACGGGCACAAACUGCACUGACGGGUCCAACUCAACGCAGCCGCUGGAGUCCGGUGCGGCCGCCGGAGACAUCGGCGGGAAGAGAAAUGACACCGACCCGUUCGGACGGAACGAGGACGUGGCCAAGCUCGAGAUCACAGUCCUGAGCCUCGCGUUCCUCGCGGCGGUGGUGGGGAACGUGAGCGUGCUGCUGGCCAUGUACAAAACGCGGCGGAAGCCGUCGCGCAUGCACCUGUUCAUGAAGCACCUGAGCCUGGCGGACCUGGUGGUGGCAUUCUUCCAGGUGCUGCCGCAGCUCUGCUGGGAGGUCACCUACCGCUUCCACGGCCCGGACUUCCUGUGCCGCGUCGUCAAGCACCUGCAGGUGCUGGGCAUGUUCGCCUCCACCUACAUGAUGGUGAUGAUGACCCUGGACCGCUACAUCGCCAUCUGCCACCCGCUGCAGACGCUCCAGCAACCGACGCAGCGCGCGCACAUCAUGAUCGGCUCGACGUGGGCGUGCAGCCUGGUGCUCAGCAGCCCGCAGUACUUCAUCUUCUCCCUGAGCGAGGUGCAUCCCGGCUCGGCAGUCUACGACUGCUGGGGACACUUCGUGGAGCCGUGGGGGCUGCGCGCGUACAUCACCUGGACGACGGUCGGGAUCUUCCUCGUGCCGGUGGCCGUGCUCGUGCUCUGCUACGGACUCAUCUGCCGCACCAUCUGGAUGAACCUCAAGUAUAAGACCCGGAGGAACAAGACCGCGGGCUCCGCGGCGGAGUCCAAAACCGGGGUCCUGAGCCGGAGCUCGGUCAGCAGCGUCAGCACCAUCUCCCGCGCCAAAUUACGCACGGUGAAGAUGACUUUCGUGAUCGUGCUGGCGUACGUGGUGUGCUGGGCGCCUUUCUUCACCGUGCAGAUGUGGUCCGUGUGGGACAAGACCUUCUCCUGGGACGACUCCGAGAACACCACGGUGACGCUCACCGCCCUGCUGGCCAGCCUCAACAGCUGCUGCAACCCCUGGAUCUACAUGAUCUUCAGCGGCCACCUCCUCUCGGACUUUGCGGGCAGCAUGCAGUGCUGCCGCCCGCUGAAGGCCAAGUUAAACCAACAGGAUUCCGUCAGCAGCAGCCGCCGGACCACGCUGCUGUCCCGCCUGCAGGGUCCGCGCCUCUCGGAGCCGUUCAGAGACCUCAACCCACCCCCUGAAACCUGCCCGCAGCUCCCAUCUGCAUCCUGAACACUGGAAACACUGCCUGUUGUGUCCGUAAAACAUGAACUGGUCUCAAUCUGCUGGCUUGUAGCGGCGAAGGAAGGUAUGAUCUCAUUUGAGGGCGCGGUCAAAUCUACAGCUCGCUUACUUUGGUCCAAUCCGGAGUGGAAGUGUUUACUCUGUGGCAAACGUUCGGUGCUCGUUUCUUUUAGCUUCACACGGCUGCUAGAAAAAGAGAGUAAGUAGUAGUAGUAAACUAUAGCUUUCGUAUGUCAACAUGCAUGUCUCUAUACACUAUUUUCUGUAGAUCUGUGAGAUUAUAGUCAGUGAGGGAACUUGGUAUAACAAAGCUAACUACUUGCACAUAACAACUGUUGAGCUAUUUGCGACUGCUGGGACCAAGUUGGACCGGUCCGGGUCUGUCCCAGCCUGGGUCAGUAAUGUGUCACAGCGCAGUCUCAACACUUAAAAAAAAAAAAGGUACUAGUGCUGCAGCAACUAAUGACUAUUUUCAUUAUCAAUUCAUCUGACAGUUAUUUUAUUGAUUUUUGGUUAAUCAUUUGGUCUAGAAAAUGUCCGCAAAUAGUUAGAAAAAUGCCCUUCAGUAUUUUCCAAAAAAAAAAAAACUUUUAGUUUACAUAUUCAAAUCCUUUGUUUUGUAGAACUAUCAGUUGAAAUGUCAAAGUUUACGGUCAGAAAACAGCAAAUAUUUAUGUUUGAAGAGCUGGAAUUUGGGGUCAUUUUCUUAAAUAAAAUAGACUAGCAAUUUAUCUCAAAUUUGUUGCUGAUUCAUUUCUAAGUUUAUCAGCUCUAAAAGGUGCACUCCCUAAUUUCCUCACUUAUUUCCUUCGUGCAUAAUUAUUAUCACUUUGGCUAUUAAAUGGAAGAGUGAUAAAGAUAAUCACAUUGCAUUUUGUUUAGCGCACAAAAAAAUAACAUUAACCCUGUGAAUACACUUCUUUUGAAACAUGGUUGAUUUGACUAAUGAUGUCUAGACACACGCACAUGCACAC